GUUUUGAGAUCAACAUUCACUCACUUUGCUCAUUCAUUGUCUAGAGUUCGGACAAUAUGAGUACUUUUACUUUACUCGCCUUAACGGCUGCUGCUUCAGCGGCUGUUCUGGAGUUGCCAGUUCAUAUCCUAGAUACAUAUUCCUCGGUAGAAUUUGAAGUUGGCACUCCAGCAAAACCAUACAGGUUCAUGUUCGAUACCGGAUCCACCACUUCCUGGGUCACCGGACGCAAUUGCACAGAUACUUCAUGUCCCAAGCUUACCACAUUCGUCCGAACUCCAUACAAUGAGUCGGAUUCGUCUACUUCUGUCUAUGUGAACCAGUAUGACAGUAUUCCAUAUAUUGACGGUGAUAUUCUCGCCGGCUAUGUAUUCUCUGAUGUAUUUUCAGAUGAGAAAGGAACGUUGAGUUGGAAUCAAACUUUCAUGGCUGCAGAGCAAAGUAGUUGGCGUUGGAUCACCGCCGAUGGAUUUCUCGGCUUGGGAUUCUCCUCCGUUGCGGAGAAUCAGACGAGUUCGCUUGUGGAGACGCUUCUCUGGGAGGACAAACUUGAUGAAUCUCGUUUUGCUCUCUUCUAUGGAACGAACCUCAACAACACCGGUGUUCAAGAUGGUGUUUUGACCAUUGGCGGAAGUCAUGAAGAUGUGUAUGUGGAUGGGGAAGUAGUAUAUACGCCUCUCCGCGUGGAAACUCCAUAUGAGCUCUGGCGUGCACCACUCCGCUCCAUUAAUGUCCUUGCCGCUCGCGAAAAUCAAACUGUAACCGUACACAACGGUAAACUUCCAUCGACAAACGCACCUGCAAAUACCUACCCUAAAUCUAAUACCACCUGGCCCAUGUUCGGAGCUGGAACUGCCGUCUUCGAUACCGGCGCCGGACGCAUCUCGAUUCCCUCGUCUAUGGUCGACGCUUUUUAUUUCAAUCUCGGGUGGAAUCUCACGAAAUUGGACAAUGGAGAAGAGAGAAUGCAGUGUGAGCAUAUGAAUAGCACAUGGGCUAUUUCUUUCACAUUUGGAGAGACUGAUGAUGAGAGUAACGAUGUGACGUUUUCGGUUAGGGGCGAUGAGUUUUUGACACCGGGUGAACAGUGUAUGCCACCUAUUGAUAACAGUGGUGGAAGCACCUUUUCUCUUCUCGGCGCUGAUUUCUUGAGAAGACAUUACUCUGUCUUUGAUUUUGGUGGAAAUAGGGUGGAAAACUAUCAGCCUCGAAUCGGAUUCGGAAAACUUAAGGAAGAGUAUGAUUAUCUUAACUAGUAUAUAUCGCCAUAUGUAAUUUGUUAGAAAAUAGUAAUUGUUUAGCGUGAGCAACAGUGUACAUAUAUCUUUUGUAGAAGAAUAACAAAUAAUGUGAAACGU